UGCAAAAGACGAUGAAAACAAAUAAAAAUAAAUAUGAUAAAUAAAUUAUAACUAUAUUAAUAUAAUUUUUAAUUAAUAAAUAUGUGUUUUUCAUCUCGUUUUCGUUUAUUCCAUUGGGGACCACUCACAGCCUUGGGUAUUAUAAAAUGUGUUACGGGUAUGACAAUUCAUUGUUCAAAUAUGUGGUGGCCACCAAGUUCAUCCAUAGGAGGUUUACUUAAUUCUAUUUGCUUUUUAUCUUUAUCCGGACUUACAUUGUACAAUUUUUUAUCAGCCUCAUUUAAUGGUCCAGGCUUCUUGCCUUUACAAUGGACUCCAAAAAAUGAGCAAGACACUGAAUUCUUACAAUGGUGUUCAAUAUGUAAUGGCCACAAAGCACCUAGAUCACAUCAUUGUCGCAAAUGUGGGCGCUGUGUAAUGAAAAUGGAUCACCAUUGUCCAUGGAUAAAUAAUUGUGUGGGCUGGAAAAAUCAAUGCCAUUUCACAUCAUUUUUGUUUUAUGCUGUUUGUGGUUGUGCCCAUGCAAGUGUAGUUUUAGCGUGUUCUUUAUAUCAUGGGAUUCAUAGAGUUUGGUAUCAGUAUUAUGGUACGGGCUUAGAGCCUGUUGUUUACUUAAAUGUGUACAGUCUAGUCUUUUGUGUGUUUUCACUUGGACUUGCUGUAGGAGUAGUAAUAGCAGUCGGCAUGUUACUUUUUUUCCAGGUCCGAAGCAUAGUUAGAAAUAUUACAGGUAUUGAAGAAUGGAUUAUAGAAAAAGCAGAACAUAGGCAAAGAGAUGAUGCAUUUAUAUUUCCCUACAAUCUUGGGUUUUGGAAAAAUGUUAAACAAGUAAUAAAUUUCUCAGGAGAUCCUGUUGGUGAUGGUAUAACAUGGGAAGUUCUUGAUUCGUGUGAUCAAUACACUUUAACUAAGGAACAACUAUGCCAGAAGCAAGAGAAACGUCAAAGAACACGAAUUUAUAAAAUUGUAAAAGCCUCUACAGGUUACUGGUUUCCUUUAUUUUCUCAAGGGUUGUGGGUUUGUUUGAGGCCCCCUUGCACUGAUGAGCCACGAGUUGCAUUGCAAGUUAAUGAUACAGUACAAGUUACAAGGUGGAAAAAAUAUUGGUUAUUUGGUGAAAAAAUAAAUAAUAAUGAACCCAAAACACGAAUACGUGGUUGGUUCCCAAGACAAUGCGCUGUUGAAGUGAUAGAAAUAAAAAAGGAUGAAUAAUAUUAUAAGAUGGAGCAAUAUAAAGAUAUAUAACUAUAUGAACUGAUUUCCAAAUGUGUAUCAAUUAGUUUUAAG